GUGAGAGCUUUAGUGAACCAGUCAAGUCUCUGCAAACAGCUCAUCAAGUAUGAAUGCCAUAAUUCACUGAUGUGGACCGCGGCUGGUCCCCCAUCCGCCUGGUGGGUGACUUGGGACGGUCGCCAGGCUGACUACUGGGGAGGUGCCAGUCCUGGGAGUGGGAAAUGUGGCUGUGGACAAACAGGUUCAUGCAGAAGGUGUUACUGCGACAUCAAUGAUAACAGAUGGCGUUCAGAUUCUGGGUACCUGACCCACAAGAAUGACCUGCCGGUCACCCAGCUCAGGUUUGGGGAUACUGGGAGUGGUCACGAACAAGGCUAUCACACCCUGGGGAAACUCAUCUGCUACCCAUGA